GUGUGGUUUUCUCCUCCUUUAAUAACAGUCGUCUAAGUUGGUCUCAGUAGUUCGGCCAGUCGACUUGAUCAAGGUGAUGCUGAUUUUCACAGUUUGUGUUUUUUGGGUCAUUUUCGGGUCCUUCGGUGUGUCUGCCGAUGGACGUCCAGUGACCUGUUGCCUCAAACUAGGACGCAGCAAACCACCUUUGGACAGAGUGCUGAACUACACAAUACAGACUAAAAGACUGUGUCCCAUAACAGCAGUUGUGAUCCAGACUGUAUAUGGGAAAAGACUCUGUUCUGAUCCUAACAGUGACUGGACAAAGAGAGCCAUGUGGAAGGUGGAUGGAGCAAAGAUGAAGCCCAGAGAACAGGAUGUGGUACCUGCAGAAAGAACAUCAGCAGAGGGGAGAAGAGGAAGGUCAGUUCCAUUAACAGCAAAAGAGUUGCCACUAAACAGCCAAUGGAACAGAGCGACAACAAGGUGGAAAAGCCAAAGACAACCACAAAUGGGUCUCAUAUAAACGUCCCAUAUGAGAUCAGAAAGAGGAAGCGUAAAAUGAAAGAACAAGAAGUGAGAGGACAAAAACUGUAAAAUGUUAUGAUUUUGUUAUGAUUGAUUUUUAUUAUGAUUACUUAUCUUUCAUAAGAUGACUCCAAUGCAUUGAAACGAUAUGUCUG